AUGUUAGCUGCAGUAGGUGCUCCAGUCCCUAACGAUCCUCACGCGGUCAGCGUGUCAUUGCCGUCAUGGAAGGCCAAUGUGGGCUACGAGGAGGGCGAGGAAUGGGUUUUGUCGAAGAUGAAGACUGGCUAUCCACGAUUCUUUAUACAUCUGACCAUCCAGGAGCUCGCAAGGGAAAUUGUCAAUAAAUAUGGCAAAGGAGACGAGGCGGUCAUGCUGUUCCCUUCGCCGGCCACGGCCAAGCGCUGUCAGAGAUUCUUUUAUGAUCAAGCCAAGGAUAUCCCAAUCACUGCUGUGCGACUACUGAAUCUGGAGCCCAAGAUGAGCAGCAACGAACAUGAUACAGUGCUAUCAGGAGUCUACUGCGUUUUCUUUCCGAAAGAGCACUUUGGUGUCGCUAAGCAGGUCUGGCAGCACACCGGAGAUGGUGUCUCCAGUCGACGUGGAGAAUUCUGUCUCAAGGCUUUGAGAGAUGGAUUCCUGCAACCGGUCGCUGCGCCAGGAAGAAUACGUUCCGACAGUCUUUACACGAAAGGACCCAGAAGGUAUCAGCGUGGUGGUUCUCAAAACAACAUUAACUUCCUAGUAAAUCCGCCAGAGACGCCGUCCAACGGACCAAUUCCUGAAGACAGGGACUACUCCACCUUCGUCGAGGAGCGGUUCGGCCGAAACCUGAACAUGCAGCUUGCUGAAAAGGCCAAGAUAGCCAUCCGACGAAGGAUUGCCGGAUGUCUCACAGAAGAUUCGGAACUAGAAGUGGCACUUGGAAAGCCUUCCCGAAGUUCGGACGGUAGACUCUCGGGUCUCACUGAGGAUCACGUUUUCCUGUACCCGACAGGCAUGUCAGCGAUCUUCAACACUCACCGGAUCCUCCUCGCACAUGCACAGGCUAACGAUCAGGAGCCGCGAAGAAGUGUUUGCUACGGCUUUCCGUACAUCGAUACUUUGAAGAUUCUCCAGAAGUGGGGAGCUGGUUGUCAGUUCUACGGCUUUGGCUCCUCUGAAGAUCUCGAUGACCUCGAACAGCGUCUGCAGAACGGAGAACGGUUCAUGGCUCUUUUCACCGAGUUCCCCUCCAAUCCUCUUCUCAAAUCGCCUGACCUCAAGCGUAUCCGCCAGCUUGCAGACCAGUAUGACUUCGCCGUCGUGGUUGACGAAACUGUUGGCAAUCUCAUCAAUAUCAACGUCCUUCCUUAUGCCGAUGUCGUGGUCAGCAGUCUAACCAAAGUCUUCAGUGGCGAGACCAACGUUAUGGGUGGCAGUGGUAUUCUCAAUCCGCGGAGUAAGAUGUACCAGACCCUUCGCAAGACCAUCGACAAAGAGUACGAAGACAACUACUGGGCCGAGGAUGCGGUUUUCAUGGAACGCAACUCCCGAGACUUCGUGUCCCGGAUCGAGCGUGUCAAUGUUAACUCAGAAGCCGUUGCUUCCAUUCUCAAGGACGACGUCAACGUCAAAGCGGUGUACUAUCCCAAGUACAGCCCUACCAAGCCCAACUAUGAUGCUUGCCGCAAUGCAAAUGGGGGAUACGGUGGCUUGCUGAGUGUCAUCUUCCUCCGCCACGAACAAGCUGUGGCAUUCUUUGACGCACUCGAGGUUCAGAAGGGGCCCAGUCUCGGAACCAAUUUCACCCUCGCUUGUCCAUAUACAGUUCUGGCACACUAUGGCGAGUUGGAUUGGACGGCGAGUUGGGGUGUCGAAGCGGAUUUGGUACGUAUAUCUAUUGGUCUUGAGGAGACAUCGGAAUUGGUGGGCGAGGUUAAGAGCGCGCUUGCAGCUGCUGGUCGUGUAUGA